GAAACAAAAACGCGUCGGCAGCCUAACAAUCCGCAGACAAAGGAGCGGGAGAGAGAGACGCUGGGAACGCCUGGAAGCAGGAUUAACUGGAGUCCUGUUUGUCAUUUAGUUUCAGUAUAAGGAUUCUGGAUUUCGAGAACAAGAUGUUUUCAGUAGAUCUAAAAUCUGUUCUUUUGGUUUGUCUGUUUUCUGCAGCAUCGGCUUCAAACAGCAACGCCACAAAACCACGGACCUUUGUCCUUGGUCCCGGCUUAUUCACAGAUGAGCCAAUAAGUUUUCCUUCUGAUUAUGCUGAUCAAGAUGGGCAACCAAACCCUCCUUCAAACCGUACAGGAUGGAAUAGAACAGUUUCAAGAUUAGUUCUCUCUGAAGAGGCAUUUCUGUUUCUGACGGGCCCUGUUUCCACGAUCCUCAUGCCUUCCUUCUACACCUUGGUGUGCUGCAUCAGUGUUCCCAUCAACCUCUGCGCCAUACUGGUCUUCACACGGGGCAUCCACCCCAAGAAACCUGCAACGAUCUACAUGCUGAACCUGGCCUCCGCCGACCUGCUCUUUGCCCUCAUGCUCCCCCUUAAGAUCCACUACCACUUUAAGGGUAACAACUGGAUUUUCGGUUCGUUCCUGUGCCGAGCAGUCACCGCUGGUUUUUACUGGAAUAUGUACUGCUCCGUCCUUCUCAUAGCCUGCAUCAGCGUGGAUCGGUUUCUUGCAGUUGUCUACCCAAUCAAUUCACUGUCUUGGAGGAGGCCAAAGAAUUCCAUCAUAGCCUGCAUGACCAUGUGGGUCCUGUCCUUCACUGCCUCUGUGCCGCUCAUUGUCUCCAACCAGACUGUUUACAUUAUGCAAUUGAACAUCACCACCUGCCAUGACGUCCAACUCUUAGAGGAGAUUUUUUGGAUGAAGAAGUAUUUUAUUGGCAUUUUUUUCUCCCUAUUCUUUUUGCCUUUUAUUGUCACAGUGGGGUCCUACACAAAAGUUAUCUGGACACUGAGCAGUGUGCCACACGGGCUUUCAGGUUGUUCACGCAAAAAAACAAGAGCACUGGUGAUGGCCUUGACAGUGCUGGUUAUUUUUGUGCUGUGCUUCAUGCCCACGAACUGCCUCCUGCUGGCACACUACUUUCUGUUUAAGGAGGGACUCAAGAAUGCCAUCGAGGCCCCUGACAGCUCUUACGGACUCUACUUAAUGUUUUUGUGUUUGGGCAGUCUGAACUGCCUCCUUGAUCCCCUCGUCUACUACUUCGGCUCUUCCCAGUGUCAGACACAACUGUCCAGCAUGCUGAAAUGUAGAAAGUCGACGAAGAAGGGCAGCAUCACCCAUACCUCGUCAGACUCUUGCAGAUCCAGCACCAGACCCAUUCUGAAAUCCGGCCGCACGAAAUCCUCUAAAAUAACAUCAUCAGUAACCAAAACAGACUCGUUAGAAGCAAACCUUGAUAGGCAGUACAACAAACUGCUUGUCUGAUUGUUGUCACACUGAGCACCACUUGGUGGGCCAUUUUGACUGAAUCUCACAUGUGACCUUUAACGUGCAGAAAGGCAAAACUGUAUAGUUAAGGUUAAUCCAAUAAGUGAGCACUUAGUGUUAAGCACUCAGGAGAAAUGUUUCUCCAGAGAUUUACUUAAAUAGAAGGUAAUCAAACUUCUUGUGCUACUAGAAAUACUCGAAAUAUCUAUCUUUCAUGAGGAGUAAUCUACACUGAUCUGGCAUCUGUGGCAUAUGAAGCUAAAUCUGAUAUGAAGCCGAAUGUAGAAGUGUAGAAUGAUAUGUUUAAUUUUUUGCACUGUACAUUUACAUUUGCACAUAGAAUAUUAUUCCUUAUUCCUUAAGUUCACGAACAAGCUGUUACUUUUAAUGCUUUGUUUUUUGUGUAUUCCAGGUUUUAAGAUGAGCUUAGUUUUAAGCACUGUGCAAAGCUAUCAGCCAUGUCUUUUUAUCGUUUUUCUUUAAAUAAAUAAUUGAGACUCA